AUGGACAAGACGUGGAUGGAUAUUGAAGAUAGAUUUGUGUCUAACGAAUAUGCAUCGGGGGUUAACCAGUUCAUCGCUAUGGCUCGGGAACAUGCACCCGGAGGAGUUGACAUUAGGUGUCCGUGUCGUAGAUGCCGUAAUAUGUUCUUCCAACCAAUAAAUGUGGUCGAAGACCAUUUAUUUAUCAUAGGGAUUGAUCCUUCUUAUAAGGCCUGGAUAUUCCACGGUGAGGAUGAAGUAUUGGGUGUUAGUUCCUCAAAUUCUGGUGAUGAGACAAGCUUGAAUGAUGGCUACAUUGAUGAUAUGGAUGAGAUGCUGGAUGACAUUCAGCAUGGAGCCUCUAUGGACCACUCAGACAGCGUUCAAAGACCUACUCAUGGUGUAUCAGAAGGGGGUCCAGGUGCCAACUUUGCUGACUUGUUAGAAGAUGCACGUCGUCCACUCUAUCCAUCGUGCCUAAAGUUCUCAAAGCUAUCAUUUAUCGUAAAGUUGCUUCAUAUCAAGACAGUUGGUGGUUGGAGUGUUAAAUCCUUUAACAUGGUUAUCAAGUUGUUGAAAGAUGCAUUUCCUAAUACUCUUCUCCCUGACUCAUACAAUGAGGCAUGCCGCUUGGAACAUAGCCUCGGCUUUAAUUACACCAAGAUAGAUGCUUGUUUGAAUGAUUGUGUUCUUUUUUGGAAUGAACAUUCUGAUAAAGAGAAGUGCCCUAAAUGCAACACUCCGAGGUGGGUGUUAAGCACUAAUAAGGUAAAGAAAAUUCCACAAAAAGUGCUGAGAUAUUUUCCUUUGAUCCCAAGGUUGCAAAGACUAUUUGUGUCAAGUAAGACUGCCGUCGCAAUGAAAUGGCAUGCUUCUGAACGGGUCAACGAUGAUAAUGUCAUGAGGCAUCCUGCAGAUUCGAAGGUCUGGAAAGAUUUUGAUCUCCAUUAUCCUACAUUUGCCUCAAAUUCUCGUAAUGUGAGAAUCGGUUUAGCUAGUGAUGGUUUUAACCCAUUUAACAAUAUAGCUAAACCAUACAGUAUAUGGCCAAUGAUACUCGUACCUUAUAACUUGCCCCCUUGGUUAUGCAUGAAAGAUCCAUACCUUAUACUAUCUUUGCUAAUCCCUGGCCCAAAAGCACCUGGUAAUGAUAUUGACGUCUAUCUACGCCCUUUAAUUGACGAAUUGAAAUAUUUGUGGGAAGAUGGAGUUAAUACAUACGAUGCCUCUACCUCAUCUAGGUUUCGCUUACAUGCCGCAUUACUAUGGACCAUUAAUGACUUUCCAGCGUAUGCUAAUCUUUCUGGGUGGAGCACAAAGGGAAAGCUGGCAUGUCCAACAUGCAAUGAUGAGACAGAUUCAUUGUGGUUGGUCUAUGGGCGAAAGCAUUGUUACAUGGGUCAUCGUCGGUGGUUGUCGGCAGGGCACAGGUGGAGAUCUAAAAAGGUUGAUUUUAAUGGUAAUACGGAUUAUCGGCAUCAACCUAUACAUUUGUCAGGAGAUGCUAUAAUGGAACAGUUGAAAGAAGUGACAGAUGUAUAG